GUCUUUGAAGGAUGCCAUUUGUGGCUCCUUCACCCCCAAUACCUAAAUUAUAUCCUCAUCCGAAUCCCGGACACACGCAACCUCUCCACGGCCUGUACCGGGAAGCCAUGGAGACCGGCGGCAAGGGCAUCCGCCGCGCGGACGAGAUCGGCGGCGGCCGACGAAUGCGGGGCGUGGCCAGCGUCGACCGCGGCCAGAACCUCGGCGUCCGCGGGCGCGAGGAGGUGAGCGCCGAGGGCGGGGUCCAGGUGCUGGCCGAGGCGGGCGGCGAGGCAGUCAGCGUCGAGGGGCUGGAGAAGGCCGGGGGCGAGGAGGUCACCGUCGGCGUGCGGGACGAGUUCAGCGCCGAGCGCAAGCCCGUCGACAAGGAGGAUCACCUCAGCAAGGUGGUCGGAAUCGGCGAGGAGGUCACCGUCGCGGUGCGGGACGAGCUCAGCGCCGAGCGCAAGCCCGUCGAUCAGGAGGAUCGCCUCACCAAGAUGGCCGGCACCGGCGAGGUGCGGGACGAGGUCAGCGCCGAGCGCAAGCCCGUCGAUCAAGAGGAGAUGGUCGGCAUCGGCGAGGGGGUCACCUCCGAGGGGGGCGGCGGCAAGGAGGAGGAGGAGGGGGACUGCGGGAAGGAAGAGGACCAGCUAUUCCAGGGGAAGCAGAAGGAGGAGGUGGGCCGCGGUAAACAGAAGGAGGUGCUGUGCAUCGACGGCGUCGGCGGGAAGCUGACGGCGGAGGUUAAUAGUGCUCAAGGCAUAUUCAUUGGAGCUGGACCUGUCGCAGGGAGGCCAACAAGAUGGGCGGACCUGCCCCGAGAGCUUAUCGAAAAGAUCGCCACUGAUCAUCUUGAAUGUGCUGUCGAUAAAGUCAACAUCUCCCUUAUCAGCCGUCAUUGGCGCUUCAGCAGGAGUGCCACACAGCAUAUCCCCUUGCUUCCUUGGCUCUUUUUGCCCUCGCCGAAAGAGAUUGUUCUUCAAUCCUGCCAGAGGUUGCUUGCAUCGAGUUCCCGUUCUGCCUGACGAUGUCAAAGGUCUGAGCCCUUGUGGAUCAUGCAUGGGCGGUUGGCUUUUCAUGGAUGGAGGAGAUUCAGGACAAAACCAUAUGAUUUACAACUGGAAUACUGGAUCAAGGGUAAAUUUCUCCAGAAAAAUCGUCAUGGUCAACGAUGAGGGAGAAAAAAUCGAUGAAUAUGGUACUAGCCUUUCUGUGUGUGCUGCUUCAGGAAUGCCUUCGAGUCCAGGAUGCAAGGUUUUAGGGAUUAUCAGAAUAUCCGAGUAUUUUGGGGCUGUUGUUGCUUUGUGGGAUGAAGAGGAGGACAAAUGGAUUGAAAAGUCAUAUGUAAUGGAUCAUUGGACAGAGGAGGGCUUUGGGCCAAGGAUGGAUUAUAAUGUACUCGAUAUGAUAUUCCAUAAUGAUGCCUUCCACCUUCUUACGGAAGAGGAGGACAUCAUCAGAGUGCUUCCAUAUGCUCAAGGGGUGCAGAAGUUGCAUGUGUGGCGACGUAUGGACAGAGAAGUUGAUGAGAUGUUUGAAGAUAACCUUCAUGGCACCACAAUCAAGUACCUUGUCGAAUCGACAGGAGGUUAUCUUGUUAUGUGCAUCAAGUACGUCCGCCGUGGCAGAACAGAGUCGAUUAACAUGUACAGGUUAUCAGUUCCUGAGAAGAGGUGGCAUAACUACAGAUCGCCUGAGGGUGAAGUGAUCUUCCUUGGAAGCGGCUGUUCGAAGGCAUACCUCACGGAAGGCAUCCAUUCAGAAGUGCAUUUCCUGGAUGAUACAGAGAAGCACAUCAAGUCAAAGGGCAUCAAACUCUACACUCGGGAAGACAUGGGGGGCUUCCGCAACAACCAACGGUCCUACAGGGCACCAGCAGAGCUACUAGGUUCGACUUCUACCCUGUCCCGGCCCGUAUGGUUCCAUCAUUAGUGUUUUUCGCUGAUGAGAAAAAUGAAUUCCAAGAAGAUGCGAGGCUCAGUCCUAAAGGAGGUGCAAAAAGUGCUCUGGAGCCAGUUCUUCUUUCCGUUUUCAGUUUGUUACAUAUUCCUGCAGAUGGCAUUUGGUUUCCUUAACGAAAUAGAAGAGGGUAUUAGACCUGUGGUUUAAUGUGUCUUGUUCUGGGAGUUUAGAACUCACUAGUACCGGCAUAUGUAGAUUACAAUUCUUGCAAAUUUUGUUGCUACAGGAAUGCUAUACUGCUAUUUCAAAUAACUUGAUGAAUACCUGAGUUCUUUGCAUUCA